UCGUCCACUCCCAAACCAUCAAAGGUUCCAAACUUCCAAAACCACAGCAAAGUCUACAACUUUACAAAACAGAAAAAAAAAGAAUUCAUCAUGAUUUCAAUUUCCACAUCAACUUCAUUCUCCAGAGCCCCUUUCGUUUUCCCAAAGGUUUCCUCAAACUCCAUCAAGAGCCGUUCAUCACUUCGUAUCUCCGCCGCUUGCACAUCAACGGCGGAGAGGCCGACUACUGGGUCCCACACUGCUACAACAUCGUCACUCUACGAUGUCCUUGGGAUUCGAGCUGGUGCCACGUGUCAGGAGAUUAAGGCUGCGUACAGAAGAUUAGCUAGGGUUGUGCACCCCGAUGUUGCAACUAAGGGUCAAAGGGGUCAGACCUCAGCUGGGGAUCAGUUCAUGAAGGUUCAUGAAGCCUAUGCCACGCUGUCAGACCCUGAGAAACGCGCCGACUACGAUCGCGUGCUUUAUAGUCGCCAGCCUAAUGUGAGGUUUUCUUCGCUGGGAAUGUCCACGUGUACGGACACGAUGGCUUCGCGAUUUGCUGGGUAUACACGCCGGAAAUGGGAGACAGAUCAAUGCUGGUAGCCUAAAAAAGCAUGAAGAUUCUUUAGUACUUAGGACAAAAAUUACAAAUCAGACUUUGUUUUUUAGUUAGGUAGAUUAAUGUAAUUCCUGGUUUCGAGGGUAUCUUCUUGUCUUGGAGCUCAGGCUUUGUGUAUUAGUAAACUGUGCACAUAUAAUAUGUGUGUAUUAACCUUGUAAUCUGUAAUCAGGCGACUUUUUUACAGCCUGAAUUUAUGGAGAUUUUGCAUUUUCCA